AUGACGCCACUGCUGUUCCAGUCUGUACUGCCUCGUAUUGCUGCUGCAGCCUGGCAAGUGCAAUUGUUAGCUUCCUGCUAUCAUCUUCCUGGUCCUAAAAUGGAGCCCUCAGAGAAAACAAGAUUAGUCAAGCAGAGAGGUGUAGCAAAGGCAGCUCUCGCGUGCUUAGCGAGCUUUGUGCAGUGUGCAGACAGUGUCAGCAUCAAAAUGUUGGUAUCAAAAUUAAGUCAAUUGACUCGAAUUCAGACUGAUUUUGAGUCAUCUCAAACAUGGCAGGAAAUUGAAGACGAAUCAGCAGAUCGUAGUAAGGACAGGGCAGAAUUCGAGGAUUCGUGGGACUUUGUUGAAUCCACUAAAAAGGGUUCAAUGAAGAGGUACACCCAGCUUCCGAAGCCCUUGGGCUCGAAUCCAUUAGGCAGUGUCAGUUCUUUGAAACUACCCGCUAUUAACUUGCUAAAUUUUGAAGGUCACUACCUUAAGUGGUCAUCAUACAGGGAUACGUUUUUGAGUCUCAUUAUGAAUAACAAUUCAAUUGAUGAUGUUCAAAAACUUCAUUACCUUAAUUCGUCUUUGCAAGGUGAAGCUAAAAACCUAUUGAAACAUAUACCUGCCACAGCAGGAAAUCUAUUGAUAGUCUGGGGACUUAUUACGCAGAGGUAUGAUAACCCAAAAAUAAUUGUAGCCAAACAUGCUAAGGCUUUGAUGGCCUUACCUACAGUCGGCCAUGGCGCAGCCGCAGCGAGCGAUUAUAAUCAACUAAUUAAUCAUAUAUGCAGCCAUUUGAAGGCCUUAGAAGCUCUCAAACCUGAUGUUCCACUUCAUGAAGUUAUUCUUUCGGAAGAGAUUCUGUCUAGUAUGCGACCCACAGAUUGUCAUGAGUUGGAGGUAAAGAUGACUGGGUCAACAUUCACCACAUUAAAUCAACUAAUAAUUUUUUCGGAAACAAAAUGUCAGGCCCUUGAGGUGAUCAGGUUCAGGGAUAACACCUCAAGGGAUUCGCAGGGAAAUGCCAAUAAUGCAAAUCAAACGAGACGUGAUGAGGGCUCAUCUCGCUAA